UGUUCCUCGUUUCACAGUGCGGACCCGAGAACUGCACAAAGCGCAAUGUAUGUGCGCCAUUGCUGUGGAGAGGAACUACGAAAAGUUCUAUCAAAGUAUAUUCGGUUUUCUCGUUACAAACCGACUUUAAAUGCAGAAUAACGUAACAGAAUUAACACAGAGAUUACUACGUUCAUUGGAUAGUAAUUACAAUGUCAUUGAUAUGCCCACAGUCACUGAAAUCAUAUCCCUUUUGGAAAAAGUGGUUAUUACCAAAGAAUUACUGGAGACCACCAGACUUGGGAAAUACAUAAACGAACUUAGACGGAAAACUUCGGAUGAGGCUUUAUCUAAGAGAGCAAAAGAAUUAGUAAAAAAAUGGAGGAAUGCAUUUGUUGUCGAAUCGAAUGGACAAAUAAAGCAGAGUCCGCCUUUACAACAAGAAGACGUGAACUUAAACCAGCUUAAGGCUAAAAAACGCCCAGCUAAGGACGUUAUAGACAAUAUAAAUGCCAAGCGGGCCAAAAUAAACGGAGGUAUAUCGGAGCUGGACUUCUCUGAUAACUCCAACUCAAGUUUCAAAGAUGUGAUAACUACUGUGAAAACGGAACCAAAACGAGAUGUGAUGUUACUAAAUUCCGAUUCUAAUUCUAGCAUGCCAGAGAAACACGAUCCCCAUUUAGAUCAGCAGAUGCCGAAGAAGCGCGGCAGGAAAAAAGGAUCGAAGAAUCACAAGAACUUGAUCGACGAGGCGGAGAGUUCCUUCACGAGCAAACUGGCAGUGUCUCGGGGCAAUUCCAAAGUAAAGACCACCCAGGAGUUGAUAGCCAGCUUACAAAACAAAAACUCAAGUGCUGUUAUUAAUUCUUUAAACGUGAAACCCAAGGAAGAUCUGACGGAGAAGGCGGCGAAAUUGACGGAGCGUGUAUCAAUUAUCGACCAAAAACUGAAUACAAAUGCCAAUAGAAAUAAAAACUUCCAGCGUAACAAGUACAAGUUGGAGAAGAACGAAAGAGUGAUAGAAUCGGGUUCCGUAAUCAACGACAAAAGUCUGCUUAGUCAAAAUUCUUCCGUGAAAAAGGAAGAGGAGGACAUAAACGUCGUUGAUGCAGAGGAAGAAGAAAUAAAAAUCGAGGAAAACGCAGAGAAACAAGAGACUGAACCGGGGAAUAUUAACGUAAUAACUUCUUUAAGCGUAGAAGACGCCUUAGCGCAACUGCCCCCUAUCGAUAAGUCGGUCUUGCUAGAGGAGGAAGAAGAAAUAUGUCUGUGCUAUCUCAAGGAAAUCAAACCAGAUUUUUCCGUGGAGGAAGACUCGGAGGUCAAUCUCGAACACAGGUUCGACGUGAUAGAAGACCACAGUUGUCCGGCGAAGGUCCAUUCAACUGAAAAGUACCAUUUGGAUUGUGUGACGGACGAACAGGUGCACAGGUUGCACAGCAGUUACAUACCCAACGUUAAUGGUAAUUUUAGUCUAGGGUCUCCCAAACCGGGGCCCGUCUUACAAGACAACGGUUUGUACGUGAACGUAGUGCCUAAUGUAAAUUUAGAGAGAAUACCGAAGGAAGUGAAGGACUUCUCGAGUGAAAAUUUUAGGAAAUACAGUGUUUCAGAGACGGGCUGCGAGAGCGACAUAGUGAAAAGUGAAGUUAUGGAACGGACAGGUGACGAAGCGGGACCUGAUAGUGAUAAUAAUAGUAGUUUCAGAGAGUGGCAUGAAGUCAUUGAGACACCCUCCUAUAAUGGUGAAAUUUUAAAAAUUUUGCCAUACGUUAUUAUAGAUUAAAAUGCUAGUCUUCAUUAUAUAUUUUACGUGCCCUGCCCCUUUCACAUCGAUAAUAGUUUUACACGUUCAUGAAACAUUGGAAGGCUAAUUCGUAUUUUUUUAAGCCAGAGGUCGACUGGUAAGAAUCAAAUCAUAAAAUUGCAAACUCGCAAAUAUAAACGAAUUUCCAUGGAAUAUUUCGAGCAAAUAAAGUAAUUGGAACUAUUGUUGAUUAUUUUUUUAAUAUUUUUUCUAAAUUUAAUGAAAAUUGCACUAUGAGUAUCUACUUUAUCAAUUGACUUUACAGAUAAUGCUACCGAAAGCGUUACUUUGCAUAUAAAACAUCUCUGCUCUUUUUUUAACAAAAUUUUGUUUACUAUGAUAAAAAAAUUUGAAAAUUUAUUAAUACCUGGGGUUCUAAUGGAUUUGAACAUACAGUUAGAAAAUAAAUGAUUUUAUCAAUCACUAAUUUAAAAAGCUGUCGUGAAUUUGCAAAAAAUGUGUAAAUUAAGAUUAAUAAUAUAAAUUUAAA